AUGAUUUGUGAUGAAACUAAUAAACAAGCAGUCAAAUUAUCAGCUGGAGUAUCACAAAAAUCUAGAAUAUUGGCAUGGAAGGAACUCACUGUUUCUGAGUUGAAAGUCUUUUUGGGUUUAUUAUUUCAUAUGGGCACUAUUCAGCUUAGAUGUUUACAGGAUUACUGGAAAACAGGCGGGCUUGACCACGAGGUUUCUGUAAAAGGUCAUGCCGAGGAAGUAGUGAUGCAGCUCAUGGAUGAAAAGCUUUGUAAUGGUCAUGCACUAUACAUGAACAACUUUUAUAACAUUUUUGGGUUACCGAAAAAACUUCUCGAUAGUAAUACGUACUGCACCGGAUCACUACGCAUUAAUUUGAAACAAAAUCCUCGAGAGGUCGUUCUAAAGAAUCUGAAGAAGGGUGAAAAUAUUUCUAGAUACUGUCAAGGGGUUCAUAUAGGAAAAUGGAAGGAUAAACGACCUGUUACCUACAUUUCUACAGAGUUUAAAGAUAAAAUGGUUCCAGUAACUAAUAAACGUGGACAAGUCGCUAAAAACCCGAAGCAAUAG